AUGGAGCUAGCAAAUUGGGGCUCCCGGGUUGGUCGUGAAAUCAGCAAUUGGAUUUAUGAGGAUGCGGACGGCGGCUCGGACUACACAAGAGACGGCUCUUACGGAAGAGGCGGUUCGGAGGGGUCUCGUCUGGCACCAAGUGCGAGUGUAGACUGCGCGUUCCCGCCGGGUCUACAGAGGACGAGACGGGCCGAAGAUGUGGUCAGCGUGCGGCAAACCGACCUAAUGAGGCUACCCGGUAGAAUGCGGCAGAGAGUAGUUUCCGAGGACGAGACCGGGAAUUCGAUCGAGGCCCGGAAGGGUGAGGAGAUCGUGGGUGAAGAGCCGGAUCAGCAGCUGGCGAGAGCCGCAAGGAUUUUACCGAUCGUGAAUCCGUUCUUGGAAAAUGUAGUUAGAAAACAAGCGAUUGAGUCGGCUACGGGAACUGAGCCCUUAGCUGCGGUCGCGCAGGAGAGUGUACAGAAGGAGAAUGUAGAGCUGUCGCCGCUGUCAUCAAGAACGGAGCCGGUAUCCGGCACGGUGCCAGAGACGGCGCGUUGUCCAUUGCGGCGGACGCGUUCUGCGGACCAUACGGCAUUGGUGCCGUAUCGGCGAACUCCGGAGUGGUUGCGUGCAGUGCGAGGUGGUGGGGCGCGGGGUGAAUUACGGAGGAGCGAUGAGGAAUGUGUGCGCGCUUUUGUGGACGCAUGUCGGGGCAAUCCCCGGUUCGAAUCCAGGCGGCGGUUCCGGCAAUUCGGGUUUGCCGGUUUCCAAUUGGCGUUAAUGGAUGAUGUGGACAUGCUCGAACCAGAUACUCUGCUCAAACCGGAACAGGCUCUCGCUGAUUGCGACCACUUCGAUGUCUGGCUCGAAGCUACCCUCACUGGAGCGGAACAAAUCGCGCUGAUUAAACAGACCCCCGCUGGUCUCUUCCGCGGCGCCAACCUUGUUCAGGCUUCUGCACUCCGCCCUGCUGAGUCUCAAAUUCGGAGAACGAUGUACACUGCGUAUGAACUUCUCUCUUUCCUUACCACCCAUUGUGCAGAAGGCCGUAGUUACCGACUGUAUAAAGACUCCAGCAAGCAGCUCGUACUCAUUGAAGCACACUACAACCAGGAAGAUGAGGAGCAGACGGACAUGGAGACGGACACGGAGACGAACACGGAGCGGAGGAGAACCAAGACGGUACAGAGAAUGAACAACACCAUUACUCCAGGGACAAAGAUGACCGAGACAGAUCCGGCGGACUCAAGCCCGACCGGUAAGUCGGACGGGGGUUCGAGUCCCGCUGAUGGCUCUUUGGUGUCAGUGCGGCAGACGGUCGGUGUGAAGGAAGCGGUGGUGGUGGAGUGUUUGCGAUUGGCGCAGCAGUUGGAGGCGGCGAAGACGACGGAGGCGACGGAGGCGGCACGGCGAUUGCUCAAGUCAGCUCGAGAAGUGUUGGCAGCGAUGCCGGAAGGAGGCCGAAGCGAGAGGUUGCGUUGUUCGGUGGAGGAGAGGUUAUUGUUUUCAGUAAUCUAUCAGUACGGUAGGAAGCGCCAGGUUGUCUCGCUGGACACAUUGGAGGACGUGGUGGUGCACAAGCGUCUGCGAGACCCGGCUUCGUUGCUCGAACUCAGUAGGCGGAGUACGAUAGAAUUCGGACUGCUCGAACUCUGCUUCGACGUGGUAUCAAGACAAACACGCGCGUGUGCGCCGGAUCCGGCCGCGUUAACACCCGCCUACAUCGUACUGAGCUGCGUGCAACUCAUUCAACUAGUCCGCGUCAUCGAACGAGUCCAGCUAUGGGCGGAUAGGAUUAUACGGACACACACGGAUACAAACUUAACAAACACGGAUUCCGGAUGCGGAACCCGUUCACAUAGUUGUAACAGGAGACAUACUCAAAGCCGCAGACCCUUCGCGAACCGCGCUUUUAUUUCACUUUCCUGUGUGACGGAGUUCCUCUUCCUAUAUGCACGACUCGGUUACAUCGCCGAUUCAGCUGCUGUGGGCGGCAUCAAAGACUUCGGGCAUAAGUUCGAAAGCAUCCGUAAUCUCUGUGGCCGGUGGCCGUGGCUUGCUGAAACCUGGCACCGUACACUCGACGUCAGCGAUCGUCUUAAACGCCUCUGCAAAGCUUGUUGGGCCGGAGACGGGUCCGUCCCCACUACUGCCAUGGCUGCCAUUAAUAACCUCGAAGGCUUCCGCGUCAUCACGCUCAAAGCUCUACUCCGCAAAUGGGCAAACGUCGGAACUGCCGUCGGAACUGCCGUCGGAACGCCAGUCCCUGUUGCUCAAGAGUGCCCCGCCAGAACCGCCAAAAAAACCACAAUCGACUCUCACGCCACACAACGCAUCUCCACCUGCGUUGGCAGUCUCUUCCGGUACCUGGAUCGUACCUCUGUGGGCCGAUCUUUCAACAACCAUUUUGGCUCUUCCAUGCUGCUCAUGGUCCGACUUCUCAAUGACGAGGCAGCGAGCAAACUAUUCUUGUUCGACGUCAAGAAAAGACGAAGGUCUCUUGCUCUGGGCGCUGCGCAAUUGGUCGUCGCCAUGCAACUGCUCCGGAUGAACAUUGCUGCACUUUGCAGCUCUGCGAGUACCACACAGAGUACCGACGUUCAGAUCACGAACAAUACGACCGGCAAUAGUCACACCACCCCCGACAAGACCACCCCUGACAAGACCACCCACGACAAGACCACCCACGACAAGACCACCCACGACAAGACCACCCACGACAAGACCACCCACGACAAGACCGCCCACGACAGGACCACCCCCGCAAACGACCCGAUUGAUGAGUCUUUGGAGCUGCCUUUGCGUUGGCUGUGCGUAGUGGGACUGAACCUGCUGCGGACCAUCCAGUUGUCUUCGUUCACCCAUCGGCUCACUUCCAAAGACAAUCUGGAGGGAGCCUAUGGCGAGGGAGGCGUGUCACCCUUUGCGGAGGUCGGCAGUUGCUGCACAGUGCACCAGCACCUGGUGUACUCUGUAGCAAUAGAGCUGGCGAAGCGGCUAGCGGAUGUAGUCAGUCUCCUGCCGGGCUCCUCUAUCGACGCGGCAGCCGGAGCGGCGAAUAUCGCUGGCGUGAGUACUUUUGGCGGAGCGGAGUCGGACGGGAAGCCCUUCUUCCCGUUGCAGACCGGGAUGACCAUCGACAAGGUGGUACCGAUCGGAGUGUCUCUGCAGUCCGUGUCACAGUUCAGCUCCAAACAAAUGGCCGACAUCAUCAGGGAAAGAAUUCCUUACGUACAUAUGGCGGCGGGUGUAGACUUGAUGCAGUACAGUCCUCCUCAAAAAACUCUGGUCACCGGCACACGGUGGCGGAGUGCCACUGGCGGAGUGCAACCUGGCGGAGUGCAACCUGGCGGGCGGCUUGCAAACAACUCCGGCGCAACUAAACCUGAGCGGAAUAAACGGGAGGCUGUACGCAGGCUAAAGGUGGAACAUAGCCGACGACCUGGGUCUAGCGGACGACCUGGGUCUAGCGGACGACCUGGGUCUAGCGGACCACCUGGGCCUAGCGGACAGGGAGUCCAGGAGAACGAGGUGCAAGAGGACGAGGUGGGUCGGAUCUGGGAUUUUCCGCGGAUGGCGAAGCUUUCAGAGGGGCAUUAUGUGUUUAGGGCUGUCGAGCACGUGUGUCGCGACAUUGUUGACAAAAUGCUGGACAAGAGUCUUCGAUUGCUUCUUGAGACGUACGGUUGUGGGGAUGACGCAGAAACUGAUGCGUUCUUCCUCGAGCCGUCGUUCUGUUUGGAGUCUCUGGCAAUGUCAGUGACGCGACCGGAGAAUAAGGAGGACUACUUAAACCUGCUGCGGCGACUACCCAAAGAGUCUGGUGCCUUACCCAAAGAGUCUGAUGCCUUGCCCGAAGAGUCUGGUGCCUUACCCAAGGAGUCUGGUGCUUUACCCAAGGAGUCUGGUGCUUUACCCAAAGGGUCUGGUGCUUUACCCAAAGGGUCUGGUGCUUUACCCAAAGGGUCUGGUGCUUUACCCGAAGGGUCUGGUGCUUUACCCAAGGAGUCUGGUGCCUUACGCCUUACCGCCAAUGUGGACGAGGGUGUCAAGGGUGUGGAGCACGGAGACAGGUCGUCGAGUGGACUUCCGGCUUCUGCGGUAGCUGUCCAGCAGAU